UGCCGAGUUCGAGGGUAGAUCUUUACUGACUACACGCGGGCGACCGGGGCAUCGCGAUGGAUGUUCCUACGGUAGGUGACCUUCCACCGUCGUGCUUCUACAUUCCUAGUUUCAUCUCGGCAGCCGAAGAAGAACAAGUCACGAAAGACAUUCGAAAGGUUCCCGACUCGCGCUGGACAGUCCUGACUCACCGACGCCUUCUGUCCCUUCCAUCAACCCUGACCGGUCCUGCUCGUGACACCCUUAUUGAUGCGCCGCUACCAUCCUACCUCUACUGGAUCGUCAUUCGAUUACAAGAAGCAGGAUAUUUCACGGCGUCUACCCAUCAAAGGCCCAACCAUGUCUUGAUCAACGAGUAUAAAACUGCAGAAGGCAUCAUGCCACAUGAAGAUGGACCUUCGUACAAUCCGAUAACCGCAACUGUGAGCUUGGGCAGCCACACCAUUCUUGAAAUCUACAAAAAGAACGGGCAAGGAGAACGAGAUGCGAAGCCUUCCUGGCGGAUACUGCAAGAACCACGAAGCUUGCUAGUUACGACUGGAGAGAUGUAUGUCAAGACCUUGCAUGGGAUAUCCGAACUCGAGAGCGACGACAACUUGAACCCGGAAGACAUUGUUAACUGGGAUUUGAUUGAACAAAAGGAUAUUUAUCAAUCGGGCAAAGCUGAGAGAGGAACUAGAAUCAGUCUCACAUUUCGUGAUGUGAUCAAGGUUGCUAAAUUGGGCGGAGCCAUGAAGUUCAUGUCCAAAAAGGCUUGAAGCAGCGUCUAUUUGUCUCGAGACAAGAUUUCUCCCUGUGCGGCUGGCAUCAUGGCUCCCUCUGCAGGCUUGUUCUUGUUCUUGAAAUCAUCAACCAUUUCAGCCAUGGUCACCCACUCUACACCUUCAUGCUUGUUAAUGUGCUCAAUCAACCUCUCGUGCAUCAGCAGCACAUGCGGUCGGCCCGACACAUCAGGAUGAAUUGUCAUUGGAAAGAUGAAUUCGUCAUAUUCACGAUAGAAAUAGUCGAAGUGGUCCUGAACAAUAUCAGUAUCAAGAUCGGCAGCUCCAGUCAGCAGCUGCUUACCCGCCACAAGUCUUCGACAUCUCUGGGGUUCACCCAACCGUGGCUAUUCGGAACCUUCUUCAUGAACAUCAUUGGAGGAAGGUCGUCGAGGUACCAAUUUGCUGGGAUUUCGACAAGCCCCGUCUCCUUUCCCUUCUUGAAAGGUUUCAUCCACUCUGCAGCCUUCUUACCAUAAUCAAUCUUCGCCCACUCAUCGCCAGUGUGCAGAUAAUAUGCUUGACAGUCAUGGUGGCUCAUGCUAUGGUCGUAUUCGAUUCCAUAUGCCAACAGUAGCUCUGUGGCUUCUUUGCUUACUUCCCACCAAGGAGCGACAAUACCGCGUGGUGGCUUACCAUGGCAAAAGUCUGUCAGCAUACGAUAUGUGUAAUCGAGGAUGUCUCUCUGUUGCUCCAAAGUCAUGUCCACUGGGUUCUCGUGGCUAUAGCCAUGGAGCCCAAUCUCAUGACCGGCAUCACGAACCAUUGCACAUUCUUCAGGAAAUGUUCUGGGUGACGUCCAUUCCAUCAGCAAACUUGCCCACACGAUAUUGGGGCUGGGCAGGAGGGAUGACCUAAUUGUGCGGUCCAGAUGAACGUGCUACUUACUCGAGACUGUGACCUGGGAUAAACCAAGAAGCUUUGAUAUGGUAUUUAUCAAACAGUUUCAGUAGCCUCCGAACCCCCUCAGUGCCGGCGAAGUAACCUGUUGUUCUCUAUCAGUGGCCUGGAGCGGUCCAUUGGGUUUGCCACGAUGCCUCGGAAGGUCUCCCACUCACCUCGAGAAAUAUCACUCGUGGAAUCUUCUCCUUUAUACGAGCCUAGCCAUCCUGCUAUGGCAUCGAUGUCGACCCCGUAGGAAACCAGGACUCGCUUCUUUGGUUUCGUGAUGCUUGACAUGAUUAUGAUCAAUUCAAUCACAGAUUUUGUCAGAGAACAGCGGACUGCCGACCUGAACGCAGUGGAAAUUAAGGAAUCCCCAGAUCUGAACAUGACGUCUAUUGAUCUCCAGACUCCGCUUCCCCAUCCUUCAUGCUCCUCCUGCCCGAUUCGGCUACCUUUAUCAAGCAAAGGAUGAACACCAGGCGGAAAAUCAUCUUCCUUUUAUUGGAGGUCAGGAUUGAAGCGCGAGGAUCGAAGGUCAUCGAAUGCUG